UUCAUAAUUAUAUGAAAUUAUGUGAAAUUAUUCAGAAUUAUGUGCAUUAUAAUUUAAAAUAGGAAAUAACACAAAAAUUAGUGAUUGUUCUUUCGAGCAUAGUUAAUAACGAGUGAAUAAUAUACUGAUUAAAAAUGUCUGAAAUCAAGCCAUCAGGAAUAAGACCACCUUCAAAAAUUGAUCGACCUACAUGUUCAGUAACGCCAAAACCAUCAUUACCACCUAGAUCCAUAAAUCCAAUGGAGCCACUGUGGGAGACGCAUGGCCGCCGAUUAAGUGAGGCUGGAGUGCGCAGGGGAUCAGAUAAUAGCGUUGUUUUGACGGAAGACACGGACAGCUUUAUAAUCGGAGAACAUGUGUGGGUUGGUGGUACGAAACCAGGUCAAAUCGCUUAUAUUGGGGAGACGCAAUUUGCACCAGGAGAUUGGGCGGGUAUUGUUCUCGAUGAGCCCAUUGGUAAGAAUGAUGGAUCGGUGGCAGGUUGCCGUUACUUCCAAUGUGAGCCGAAACGCGGAAUUUUCUCCCGGCUGACGAGGUUAACAAGGCAGCCGAUGUCAGGCGGCCUUACCUCGCCAUCGGGCAUCGUCUCACCGAUCGAAAGCAUAAAGGGAGUCCUGAACAAGUCUAUGUCACCCUGUAGUAACACCUCGACGACGAGCCUGUCAUCAGUGUCGCAGAAAGAGCUGCAGAUCGGCGAACGAGUGAUCGUGUCGUCGAGCCAAGGCAGCAAGACCGGCUUCCUCAGGUACAUCGGCACGACGGAAUUCGCCCCGGGUGACUGGUGCGGCGUUGAGCUGGACGAACCUCUAGGCAAGAACGAUGGAUCCGUUAAUGACAAGAGGUACUUUGAAUGUCGUCCCAAGUAUGGUCUAUUCGCCCCCAUGCAGAAAGUGUCCCGCUCGCCCUCGAGCAGACGCUCGCAUUGCUUAGUACAUCGACCGACGGGCGCCGCCCUGAGCAAGUCCCUGCGCAAGGUCGGUUCGAGAGAGUCUCUUGCCUCGGUGGCAAGCAUCGCCAGCGUCGCCAGCAGAGCCACCAACGCCACCGCCAGGUUACAAAAGGCUGGUUUUACACGCACUACAACACCUGUACAAAAAACAACGCAGGAUAUAUUAAAAGAAAAACUGAAAGAGAUAGAUACUCUUCGAAAAGAAAGAGAUUUAGAACGUGAAAGAGUCACAAAAGCUGCUAAUCAAGCUGACGAGGCUGAAAAAAUUGUCAUGGUUUUAAAAAAAGAAUAUGAAAAGUAUCGUGAGGAAACUGAAAAACUUUCGCAGGAUACUCAAGAAAAUUUGAUAAAACUUUUUGAAGAGAAGAAUUUAUUACUAACGCAACUAGAAGAGGAACGUACAAAAUGUGAAGACUUGCUCUUUCGAUUUGAAGAAGAAUCUAUAAACAAGGCUGACAUACAGGUGGCUAAUUCAUUAUAUGAAAAUAAAAUAAAUGAUCUUGAGAAACAACUUUCGGAAGAACGAGAACGUGUUAUACAACUUGAAAGAGAUACGACUAGGUUAUUUGAAACUGAGGAAGAAUUAACUAAACUCCGAAUACAAACGCAAAAUGCUACAACGGAAGAAGCAGAUGAAUUUUCAAAUUUACAAAAAUGUAAUGAAAAGUUGGAAAAAACAGAAUUGGAACUCAAAAAUCUCCUGGAAGAUAAAACAAAAAUAAUGGAAAACCAUAUUCUUAAAAUGAACGAAAUACAUGAAAAACUUAAAGGAAAGGAAAAAGAAAAUCUUGUUCAAGAAGAAUUCAAUUCAAACUUAAACAAAAAAUUAGAAGAAACUACUAAACAACUUGAAAAAAAAAGUGCAUACAUUGAUGAAUUAAGUAAUCAAUUUAAGGUUCAAACAGAAAUCUUACAAAAAAAAAAUGAGCAACUUAAAGAAACAAUGCAAAAAGUUACAGAACAUAAUACAACAGAAAGAAUGAAACUAAUAGAAACGCACGAGAAAAUAUUAAAAGAAAAUGAUGAAAUUAGAAAAUCACAAGCUUCAGCAUUUAAACAGGAAUCAGAAAAACUAACUGCACAGAAAAAUAUUUUAGAAAAUUUCAAAAUGGAAAGUGAUCGACAAAUUCAAGAAUUGUCAGAAUCCUUCCAGUCUCAGUUAAGUUGUAAGGAUUCUCAGAUUAAGGAAAUUUCUACUAAACUAUGCAAAAAAAUGGAAGAAGCCGAUUCAUUAGCAUUCGAAUUAAAUAAAUUAAGAAUCAAAUAUAAGAAUGAAAUUGAAAUUAUUACACAAGAAAAAUCAAAAUUGGAGAAUCAUAUUACUUCAUUGACAGAAGAAAUCAAUAUUUUAACGGACAAAUUAAAUAAAUCAGAUGAAAAUAAUAAAGUGAAAGACUGUGAGUUAUCAAAACUUCAGAGUUCUAAAAUAGAGGAAAUAACACUUUUACAAAAAGAAUUUCAAGAGCAAAUAGAAAUCAGAAAUAAAUGCAUUCAAGAUAUUACUGAGACAGCUUCUCAAAAGUCUAUAAAAUUAAACCUUAACGAAACAGAAUUAUCUGAUUUAAAAUUAAUUAUAGAAAAUCAAAAUGAACAAAUAAAAAAUCUUUCUGAAAAAACUUCUGAAUUGCAAGAUACUUUAUCUUUUUCUGAGCAGACAAUAAGUAAUUUAGAAAGUGAAUUACUUAUAUAUGAAAAUAAUUUAAUGGCACUAACUGAAAAGUGUAAAAAAUUUGAAGACAAUAUCGUUUACUUAACUAAUCAGAAAGAAAAAUUGAGAGAGGAAAUAUCGCAUAUUAUCAGCACAUCAGAAGAUUCAUCCGAUAAACUUAUUCGAUAUAAUGAGCAAUUUAGACAAAAGGAAAAAGAACUUGAUGAAACUAAACAUAAAGAAUUUGAAUUAAGGCAAUCACUGAUAGCUGCAGAAUCUAAAACAAGUAUGUUAGAGCAAGAUCUAAAUAAAAUUACUUUAAUAGUCAGUGAACUUGAAAAAGAAAAUGAAAAAAUUAAGGUGCAUUUAAAAUUAGAAAUACAAGAAAAACAAAAUAUUACAGAAAAAUUUACAGUUAGUCAAACAAUUGAACAAGAUUUACUUAAUAAAAAUAAAGUUCUAGAAGAUAAUCUCAAAAAACAAAUUUUAGAAUUAUCGAACUUAACAAAUGUCAUUAAAACAGUAGAAGAAAGAAAUAGUUUCCUAGAGAGAGAACUUGCUGAUACUUUUGAAAAACAUAAAAUUAAGAAAUAUCAACUUGAAAAACAAAUAAGUGAAGGAGGAAAUGAUCAGAUUAUUUUAAAAGAAAAUAUUGAUACUUUAGAAAAAUUAAAUGCACAAUUACUUUGUGACCAACAAGCUAUGGAUAUAUCUAUGAAAGAGGUCAAAGAAAAUUUGAAUACCAAAAAUCAACAUGUUUUGCAACUAGAAUCCUUGGUUAAUACUAAAGAUUUACAGCUUAAUGAAAUUAUUAACAGCUUAGAAAUUUUAAAAAUAGAAAAAGAAAAAAUCAAGCAAAAUUUAUUAGAAAUUAAUGUUAAAUAUAACGAUGCACUUACAGAAUUAAAUAUAUUAAAGUCUUCUAAUACUAAUUUAGAGUCCCAAAUGGCAUUAGAAAUUGCCAAUUUGAAACAACAACUUGAGGACGAAAAAAAUACCUUAGAUACAGCAUUAAAAGAAUCUAAAAAUUAUUUAGAUGAACUAACAAAAGAAUUAACAAUAGUAUCAGAAAAUGGCAAGAAAUCGAAUCAAAGAUGUUGUGAAAUGGAAUCCAUAAUAAUAUCGAAAGAUAGAGAAAUACAAAUAUUGAAUGAAAACUUGAUUUCAGAGAAGAAAAAUAAUGAAAUCUCAAAUCAACAACUUCAAACCUUUCAAGAUAAUAUAGUGAUCAAAAGUAAUGAAAUUCUUUCAAACAUUAAUUUUAUAACAUCUCUUAAUGAGAAUAUAAAAAAUCUAGAAUCAGAUAUUCGUAUUUUAAAAACUGAUUUAGAAAAUAAAACAAAAAUUAUAGUGAAAUUAGAAAAUACAAUUUAUGAAAUAAAAAAAUCAAAAGCGAAUAAUGACAGUAGUAAUAUUGAAGAAAAACAAAAAGAAAUGGAUGAAUUAAUAAAAAAACAUAAACAUGAAUUAGAGCUUAAAGAUUCGAUAAUUUUAGAAAUUAGUAAUGCGUUGGAAAAUAAAGAAAAAAUAGUAAAUGAAUUUAGUAAGAAGAAUGUAGGUUCUGAAGAAUUGUGUAUAAAAUAUGAAAAUGACUUAGCCUUAAAGGAUAAAACUAUUGAUAAUUUAAAAAAUUCGGAAGAAACUGCAAAGAAAGCUGUAGAAGAUUAUAAAGAUAAACAGAAAAUUAUAGAUAGUUUGAUAAUAAAGCAUGAAAAUGAUCUCAAAUUAAAGGAUAAAUUUAUUUUGGAACUUCAACAAACAAAAAGAGAAAUGGAAGAAAGAAUACAAAAUUUCAUAGAACAAAUCAAUUAUGCUCAUAAAAAAUGUGCAAAUUUAGAAGAAUCUCAAACAUACCUGGAAAAAGAAAAUAAACAACUUUUAAUUAACUAUAAUGAGACAAUAGCUAAAUUAAAUAUUACCAAUGAAAAUUUUAAAAAUAGUACAAAUAAUGAUAUAUUGAAACAUAAUGUUAUUGAAAACACUGAAGAAAAUACAAAAUCUAUUUUACAUAGUUCAGAAUCAGAAUUUGAAAAAUUGAAGGAAGAAUAUGAUCUUGCUAAAGGCCAGAUUGAUUUUUUAAACUCUGUUAUUGUUGACAUGCAGCAUAAAAAUGAGGCAUUAUCAUGUAAAAUUCAAGUUUUAGAAAUGGGUAUUCCUACUCAAGAGGCUGAUGAUUAUAAUCUAAAUCUAAUUGAAAAAAAAGUACAACCGCUUAGAAUGUUCUGUGAUAUAUGCGAUCAAUUUGAUAUACAUGAAACAGAGGAUUGCCCGAAGCAAGCUCAAGAUCCUGAUCCUAUAAAACCAAAAUCUGAUAAAAAGAUACCAAUUCAAAGGCCAUAUUGUGAAAAUUGUGAAAUGUUUGGCCAUGAUACUAUGAUGUGUGAUAAAACAGAAACAUACUAAAAUUGUUAAGAAUAAUACCUUUUAAGAAUCUUGCCAUGUAUCCUAAAAAAUCUAUUCUUGUUGAAUUAUAAAGUAUAUUUUUGUAUAUAAGUAACUGUAUGAAAACAAGAUUUGUAAUUAAGCAUAUGCAUAUAUAUAGAUAGAUAGAUAGAUGAUAAAUAGGUAGGUAGAUAGAUAUGGAUACUGAUUUUGAUAUGUAUAUAUACAUAUAUAAAUGGCGAUAAAAAGAUGAGCAGCCAUA